AUGUUGCGCUUGGCCUGCGCCUUUGCCUGCUUGGCUGUGACCCUUGGCCGCCGCCACACAGAACACAUCGAUCCGGUGCAGCCGGACAUGGAGACAGUGAAACAGGAUGUGGAGCAGGUGGAAAACGCAGCAAGCCAGGUCCUUGACUCUGUAGUUCCUGACGCUGGCAAGGACGAGGACCUGAUUCCACUGUCCGCUUCCGUACAGAUUGCUCCCACCAUGGAUGUCAUGCCAACCAAGUCUAGCGUGACCCUGUUCCUGACCCAUGUGGAAUCUGGCGCCGCUCCGAAUAUGAGUAUCGUGGUGACCUUCACCGCCAAGAAUGAAGUGGCUGCCACGGAAUUUGGUCAAGCUCUGCAGGGACUGCUGGCU